AUGGUCGGUUUUUCCUUGUUCUGAGUGAAAUAUAUUCGAAUUUGAGGCCGCUUUAUUCGGUUUCGGCCAAUCGGCAGAGAUUGCCAUCAGUCUGGACAAUGCCGAGAACAGAAAAGUUUGAUUUUUAUAAUUUAUUGUGUGAGUAAAGGUUGGUAGGUGAAUUAUUAAAGUAUAUGUUAUUAUGCUGGCGAAUGUUCGUAUAAUUCAUGAAUUUACGAAAUAAGAAACUACAGCCAAAAUAAAUAAAGAAAUGCUUUAAAAACUAGAAUUUUCAUUUUUGAAGCACUAUUCUUCAUUUUUAGGCGUUGCCUGUUCUUUUUAAUAUAAAACCUUUAGAUCACUUGGAAAAAUUUUUUUAAGGAUGUUUUCAUCUUAAUAUGCGUUGAAUUCAAAGCAAAAAUUGUCCGAAAAAUCGAAAAAUUGUGAUAAAAAAAUUUUUUUCUUCUAUCUUUUGCUUUUUUUGAGUGACUCUUUGAUACCAGUUUCAGUACUAUUUAAGUUAGAUACUUAUUUAUCGAAAAAUUGCUAAUAUCAUCUUUACCUAUAAAGCAUGUUUCGAAGCAAAUUUUAAUGCUUUUUCUUUGAAAUACCUUCAUUUCCAAACAUUUUUUAUCAAAAAGCUUUUUAAUAAUGUAAUUUAUAUCACUAGAUUCUCUCUUAUUUGUUUUUCUUAAGGUUUUGAAAACGCGUGGCGACGAAGUAAACGCUGAAACUUGCUAUUUAUUCUACGACGGCGAGACGAUCUCGGGUACCGUCAACGUGACGCUCAAAAAAGCCAAUCAAAAGUUGGAACAUCAAGGGAUUCGCAUCGAAUUCAUUGGGCAAAUCGGUUGGCUUUUCGUCGUUUUCUUUUUUUUUAUUUGAUGUUGUAGUGAACUUGUUGACACUUUUUUUUCACGAAAGUUCUCGUAUAAAAAGCGAUUUUUGCGCUUCCGCUUUGAGACCUGUGAACUAAAUUUAUACAAUUUUAAGCGCAGAAAAAAAGUGUGAAAAAUUGUAGAAAACUACCUAUAUACUUUUAUUCUACUCGCAGUUCGAAAAUCAAGGGUUUUUCAAUAAUUCUACUUAAGACAAAAGUGUUUUAUAUUUUAUCAAUCAAGCACAUAAAGUUUCUAAUUUUUCCGAGUUCUUCAGCGACCCUUUUUCACGAUUCAUUUGAAAAUAUUCUCGAUUAUCGGAUAGCCAAUUUUUUUUUCGAUUCUAGAACUUCUCUACAGCUUCAACUUUUCCAGAAGUUUACUAUGACCGGGGCAAUCAGCAAGAUUUCAUCUCAUUGGUCAAAGAUUUGGCGCGUCCUGGGGAACUCACACAGAACGUCGCGUUUCGAUUCGAGUUCAACAACGUUGAAAAACCCUACGAGACCUACCUGGGCACGAAUGUCAAGCUGAGGUGACUUUUUAAAAUUGAGAUUGAUGAUAACAUUUAUUACAUUUUUUUACGUUUUUACGCGCUUGAAAAAAUUCAUAUCUUUGUCUCAUCUAGCAGAAUGGGAAAGUUCCCCUUAAAUUUUGGCUUUUUGGCUUUUUUUUGUCUAUUUACAGGGUGUUCCAGGAGAUAGCUUGAAAAGUUUCAGUAAACAAUUUCAAAACACCUCCCUUCUUUUCGAAAAAUUCUACCAAAGCUCAAAAAAUGAUUAGUUAACAAGAACAUAGCAGAACAAACUUUUACCAAUCUCAAGAUAAUUGUCGUGCAUUGUGAAGCGGCCGUAAUACAAAAAGAAAGAUCUGUAGAUUUUUUUUUCUCAGUCGGAUUUUCUUUUAAUUUUCAUUGACCAGUUCGUGAUGACCAGAGUUUAGCCAAAAAUCGUGUAGUUUUUUUUUUAUCUUUAAUGACCAUCUAUGCUUCUUAAAUUUGCCCUUUCACGUGAAGUUUGAGCUUUCCAAAAACAGAAAUUUUUUUUUUCGCUGUAUAGCUGAUUCACAGCUGGCUUGAGCCAUCGAAAAAAGGGUCCUGACACGAUAGUGCACGAGAUAGCGCCUAGCUCGUGGAGAGCGCAGACAGGACACGCCCCCUUAGCGUCCCAAGAUGGCCGUGAUCAGCUAUUUAGUUUUCGCGACUUGACAGUUUUCGCGUUUUGACGUCUCUAUUUUCCCUCAGAGAUACUUGGAAGUAGCACGUAAACAUGAGAGAGACGUCGACAGAUAAGGAGGGCGCAGAGAAGUCCUGCUCUUCCAACUCGCGAAAAACGGGUUAUAAAUCUAUAACUUUUUUUUUGUAGGUACUUCCUGCGGGUGACGAUCGUCCGCCGCCUGACGGACAUUACCCGAGAAAUGGACCUUCUGGUCCACGCCCUGAGUAGCUAUCCCGACGCCGACAACAAUAUCAAAAUGGAAGUCGGCAUCGAAGAUUGCCUCCACAUCGAGUUCGAAUACAACAAAAAUCGGUUUUCCAUAGUUCUCAAAAAAAUUUUCGAAAGUUUUAUUAUAGGUACCAUCUGCGUGACGUCAUCGUGGGGAAGAUCUAUUUCCUUUUGGUCCGCAUCAAAAUCAAAUACAUGGAAAUCGCGAUCCUGAAGAUGGAGGUCGUUGGCUCCGGGCCGAAUACCUUCAAGGAGAGCGAGACGGUCGCCAAAUUUGAGAUUAUGGAUGGAGCUCCUGUGAGAGGUCUGCUGCGUUUUUAUUUACAAAAAAAAUGAGCUAAUCUUGAGCUUUUAAUUAUAAUAAGUCGUAGAAAUUUGAAAAACGGGAAGAAAGGUCAAUAUUCCCAUUUUCAAUUUAUUGCAGGAUUCUUGGUAGAGAUGUAGUAGCUGUACGAGCCUUAUGAAAAAAUGACUUAUUAGACGUUUGAUUAGCAUAUUUUCGAAGCUAAAAGUCCUCAGAGAAGCUCGCUAGUUCAAGGGAUUACUUAAGAAAGGCUAAUACCACUAAAGGGAUCACUUAUUUUUUCUUAAAUUACAAGCUUCUCCAAAAAGUCGCCACUCGAAAAAUCAAUUUCGAAAAAAUAAAUGCGUUGAUUUUUUUCCCUUGAAAAAAUCUGUAGGCUGAACUCACUUUACAAAGGAAUAGUUAGUUUUCAAAUUUUUAAGUAAUUUAUGAGCAUUUUUCGAAGCUAAAAGUCCUCAGAGAUUCUCACUAGUUCAAGGGAAUACUUUAGUGAGGCUAGUACCACUAAAGUGAUCACUCAAUGGCUCUAGUCCAGUCUGUGCCUUGUUUCUUUGCAUUCGCCUGAGUUUAUCGAUGAUCCACAAUUUACUUUUUUCAAGAUUUUCCAGAAACUCGCUACUCAAAAAAAUGAACCUUUUUGUGAAUUUUAUCAAUUCCUUUGUAAGCUUUCCUCAGCCCGGUAAGAAUAGUCCUGAAAUUAUUUCUUUAAAAACUAAUUUGAAAGCUUUUAUUCAGUAUUCAUCAUAUUUCUGUAAUUAUUCAAGAUGGUUCCCUGGGUUCAACUUCCCAAAUUUGCUAAGAAACCUUCGAAAUUCAAAAUAAUGGCUUUUCAACUUUUUUAACCUAUACGAUUAUAUGAACCAUUUUACUGUUUUUGAAGCUGAUUUUUAUUUUUAAAGGCGAAUCAAUCCCGAUUCGAUUAUUCUUGGGCGGCUACGAUUUGGCGCCAACGAUGCGGGACGUCGGCAAGAAGUUCUCAGUUAAAUAUCUCCUGAAUCUUGUUUUUGAUCGAUGAGGAGGAUCGACGCUACUUCAAACAGCAGGUUAAUAAUUUUUUUUUUCAGAAAUUCGAUCCUAAAAGAAUUAUCAAAAUAUGGAGAUUGUUUUAAUUUUUGCAUUUUUGGCAAUAAAAUUGGGUUCUCUGAAAGUAGGGCUCUUUUUGAGAGAAUUCCUCGAUUUUUGAGAAAUUAUUGCUGCUCUCGAAAAUAGUGUCAAGGGUCCCCUCCAAGGCUGCUAAAAGUUCUUAGGGAUUUCUUCAACUAAUUCUUCGUUUUUUCUAGAAUUUAUCGAAGUAGCUUUAAACGCGGACUAAUCUGAAGACAAAAUUAUUUCUGACUCUCCGAAAUUUAGUUAUCUUUAUCCUUUUACGACGUCUGUUUUAAAUUUCACGUAGUCCCUUUGAAAACGCGGCGUAAAGUGCGAAAAAGGGAAAUUUGAAUUUUUCGAAGCCCUUAUUGUGUUUUUCAAGGAAGUGACCCUUUGGCGGCGCGCCGAAAAGCCGGUGAGACGCGCCCUCGACGCCGGAGACGUCGAGGAAAAGCCCGAGGUCCAGAAUCCCGGCACGCAGAAGUACGUCAGCGCGACGCCCCAUCCGAUUCCGGCGGAAGAAGACGUCGAACCGACGAAGGAGACGUCGACGGUCGUCAACGAGAAGAGCCGCUCCUCGACGCCAAGUUCUAACGAUAGCUAUUGA